AACGAACGAAGCCAACAAACUCAGUUUAAAACUGUCCGAGCGUCACUGCACACCUUUACAUAUAUAUAAAUGUUUUCAAAUAUAUAUACAUAUGUAUUUAUAAAUUUUUAUAUUAUGAAUAAUAUUAUAUAGUAAAUAAAUAAAUAUUUACAGCAAAUGUAGACUUCGUAAAGAUUUCGAUUAAUUUUGGAAUAAGAAAGAAGAUAUAUAUAUUUAAAAUGUGAUAAAUACUAUGAAUUGUUUUAGUGGAGAUUGACAUGAAGUUCCAAGUGAUUCAUAAUUUUUAAUUUUCAACCUGACUCGGUAUUUGUGUGUAGUUUGUAGUUGUGUGGGAACAAAACAGGUUGUUUGGAAUGUGAUGACGUAAUAUAAUGAAAAAUAUUUUUUUUAGUGAUAAAUGUGUGUUUUGUGGAAAAAAAAAUAUAUAUAUAUAUAUUAUUUUAUAUUAUGAAUUUAAUUUAAAGAAAUUCAAUUUAAAUUGUGCGAGUGCAAAAAUGGCGUUCGCUUGAAAUAAUUAUUUUUUUACGCGGAAAAAUUUUUUUGAAAAAAAUAAAAAAUAAUUUUACUUUGUUACAAGUUUUGGAGUAACAUAAAAAGUCGCCGGUUUAAAGACCGGUAAGAACAUUUAUUUAUGUCUAAUUACAUAAAGGCUAAGAAACUUUAAUGACAAUGUUAAAAUGCUCAUGAUUCAUGACUAACAAACUCAUUAAUUAUUAAAUAAUUAAUAUAAUGGAGGAUUUAAGCCGAGCAAGGACAAUUGGAAUUGAUAAUUCACGUCUGGUUUGACAGUUUAGAUUUUUUUUUUAAAUAAAUAAAUAAAUAAAAGAUACGACUGCACCCAUAAGAGGCGCCCACGUACAUAAAACGCACGUUGAGAAUAGAAUUAAAGUAUAAUUAAAUUUCAUUGUGUUGCAUUUAAUUUAAUCGUGAGAUUAUAUAUUUAAAAGCCACAACAUGAGGAUCCUUAAAACAUUGCAUUGGUCUCGUAGACGUAGCGGAAGUGGCGUUACUGACAUCCACCUGCAGCAGACCCAGCUGCAGGACAACAAUAAUUCCCUUUCAUUACGUGAAUCAAAAGAUUCACGUAACCCAAACGUUAAUCCAGAUGAGAUGUGGGUCCCGGGGGUAACCCCGGGUCACCACCGCGAGUUACCAGUCGACGUACCCGACACCCUACUUCAACAAGCAUACGCUAACAAUAAGGUAAUCUUACCAUCAACAUUACCACCACCCCCACCACCACCACUACCAAUAACCGACUCUUCAGUAUCAGUAUAUCCACCAACAAACUACAACAUCAACAAUAUCAAUAACAACAACAACAACAACAACCAACGUCUUAAUAGCGCUAGUGUUAAUAAAGUUGACUUAUCACCGCUUUGUGAAUUACGCGAGCUAACCCUAAACAUUAAAAACGAUUCAUCCCAUCAGCAUAAUCACAAAAAUAAUCAUCACCAUAAUAACCCGCGUUCAAAUAAUCACAAUUUAUCAAAUCUUAACUUAGACAGUUCUGAUCAAGUUGAUGACCUGUCAAACUUAACUCAACGUAUAAUUGAAAUAACCAUCGACAAAAAUUCCGAUAACGACUCAAGUAACGAUUCAACAACAAAGUCACCAAUCCUAUCGAUAUUCGACGAAAUAGACAGUCCGAUCAGCAAUCACCUUCACCAUCUUAAAAUAAAGGAAUCAAACGUCGACAUUGACGACGAUUAUCCAUUCGCUAAGGAAGACUAUCCCACCAUGUUGAAGACCUGCAGCGACGAUUCAGCGAGUCCGCGAUCUUCAUCAGGACGUUCCGAUUCAACGACCGCUUUGGAUACCAGUCUUAUAAUUCCUGGCAAAGAGUCACCUCUCUAUGACGCAAGAAGAAUUGAUCUAGGUUCCCCCUGUCGCACUAUUCCAGAUCUGAGUAUCUACGGAAUGACACGUGACACAACUUCAUUUGAUAAUCCCGCUUACGGAUUGGAUCUUCACCACGAUCUACACCAAGGUCUCCUCAUCCGAUCAGACGAGGUUUUAGAUCUUCGUAUUAUUGGUGACAACGGCAAAAACUGUGAAAUAAUUCCUAUUGGCAAACCAGAAAAACCAUUGGGAAAAAAAAAGAAACCUAAGAACACAUCUAGCUUUGAUGUUGAUCUAAUAGGAGCUAAAUCAACAGAUGAUUUACUUGCAGCAGAUUUAACUGGUUUUGUAACUCGCACAAGUAUUAAAAAACCAAUUAAAAAAAAUAAUCUACCAUUAUUACCAACUCCAGCGCCAUUACCACCCCAAGUACCGACAAUUAAUGGAUACUCAACAUUAAGAAAUGACAAUAAUCAUAAAAGCUCAUUACGAAGUUAUCGUGAAGUUGCUGUUGAUUGUCCUCCGGAUUUUAUACCGGUUACUAAAAGCCAUCCAAUUUAUCCACCGCCUAAUAAAAUUGAUGGCCGUAAAGAUAUUAAAAAUGGUGAUAAUAGUAAUAAUAAUAGUAAUAAUAUUAAUAUUGUUAAUAAUAAUAAAUUAUUAAUAAAUGAUAGGACGAAAUCAAAUGAAAGUAUUGGUGGAUUGGAUGAUAAUGAUGAUGGACAUAAGGUAAGAUUAAAGCGUCUAAUGCACCCGGGUACGCUUUUAACACCACCACGUCCACUAUAUUUAUUAUCUAACACACUUCCUAACAAAUUAUUUUAUAAAAAUCGUAAAAGAAAUUUACCUAUUUCUUAUAAAUUGUCAUCGAUUGAUGACAAUCAUAAUCAAUCAAUAAAUUAUUCACUGAUGAUUGAUGAUGAUGAUUCAUGUGUUGGAUUAUCAUUUUCACGACUUUAUAGUUUUCGUAAUGAAAAUAGUGAUAAUAAAAAAAAUAAUAUUAAAUCAUUUGUUGAUAAUGAUAUUAUUGAUGAUCAUAAUGAUUCAAAAGUAAAUAUUUAUUUAGAUAAUGCUGAAAAUACGGCAUUAUUUAAUGCAUAUGAAUCCUUAUCGCUUCCCUCUUACGCUUCUACUGCUUCUUCUUCAUAUUCUUCACUAUCAUUGACAAGUAAUAAUGAUAAUAAUAUUAAUAAUCACUCGUUAAAUGUAAACACAAAUGACGCUUGUUUAAUGCUUAAAUCACCACACGGUUAUCGUAAUACUGUUGAUAAUGAUUUUGAUAGUAAUAAUAUUAUAAGUGUAAAUGAUGAUACACAACGGGAUGUAGAAGCAGUAGAUAGUCAUCAAGAUCACAAGGGUAAUGGAGUUAAACCAUUAUUACCACCGAGAGAUCAAAAACGUGCACCAGCUCGUCCACCGAAAGAUAAUCUACGUUUAUCAACGCGAAAUAAUAAUAUUAAUGAUAUUAAUAAUGACAAUACUAGUAGUAAUACGGGAAUAGAAUCUUCAAUAGUAUCACAACCGACACCACAGCAAUUACAUUCGAUCAAAAAAUAUCAGGAACAAUUGAGGCUGCGAAAAGAUCAUGAAGAGAGGCGCGAAUUUCUCAAUCAAUCUUUACGGGGUUCACAAAAACUUCAUGCGCUUGAAAGUCAUGCAAAACAACUUGCCGGACAGGAAAACCCGGCUUAUACGCAAGAUGAGAUUACUACGACAAGCAAUUUACGAAAAGAAAAAGAGCAAACUUCAGGACGAGCUAGUCCAAAAGUUGCUGAAGAAUUACCAGAGGAUCCAAAAAUGUUAUCGUAUGGAGAAGUUGUGGCAACACUGGAAAGAUUACAAUUACAAUUAAGGAAUCUAACAGGUGCCUUAGGACCAGGUGUAGAAGCUGAAUUAGAAGCAGUACGUUCAUUAGUACAUGAGCGACGUUUUGCCACCGCCCUUGCAACUCAUCAUUUUGUAAAAACAAAAUUACGUACUGGGAAAUUACAAAAGCCAUAUAUUGAUGACGCAUCAAAUUUAGCACGUGAUUGUAUUGAAUUAUUUGAAGAAUGUCAAACAACACAAGCAGUUAAAUCACCCGAGACGAUUGCGAUAAUUGAAGAAUUAACUGGUUUAUUGACGAGUUAUGAAAUGGAAGGAUUAUUAUUUGCACACGACACCAUUAUUUCAUAUUGCGAUGGAAUACAAUUAAAAGAUGGUCCAUUGUCAUCAUCAGCUAGUGAACAAUCAUUGAGUCGUCAUUCAAGCUUACGUGAUUCAUUACGUAACACAGAUAAUAUUAAAAUAAUUAAAAUUGAAAAAACUAAUGAACCACUUGGUGCUACUGUACGUAAUGAAGGAGAUGCUGUUAUCAUUGGUCGAGUCGUACGCGGUGGUGCUGCAGAUAAAUCAGGAUUAUUUAAUGAAGGGGACGAAGUACUUGAAGUUAAUGGAGUUGAAAUGCGAGGAAAAAGUGUUAAUGAAGUAUGCGAUAUAUUAGCCAGCAUGCAAGGUAGUUUAACAUUUAUAGUAUUACCAGCUUCAUCAACGAUUAAUCGUAAUAACAUUGAUACGUCACACGAAGAUAAUAAUUUGAUACAUCAUGUAAGAGCACACUUUGACUAUGACCCAGAAGAAGAUCCUUAUAUACCAUGUCGUGAAUUGGGUAUAAGUUUUCAAAAAGGCGAUGUAUUGCAUGUAAUAUCGCAAGAUGAUUGUAAUUGGUGGCAAGCUUAUCGUGAAGGGGAGGAAGAUCAAACUUUAGCUGGAUUGAUACCUAGCAAAGCGUUUCAGCAUCAACGUGAAUCGAUGAAACAAACGAUUACUGGGGGGAAAACAACAUUGCGUGGAUCUAAAAAAUCAAGUACGUUGUUGUGUACACGUAAAAACCCAAAGAAAAAGAAAAAGAGGGCCAAGUUUGGUGGGAGUAUAAAUGAUGAUGGUUAUCCUAGUUAUUCAACGACGACAAUUGAUGAUUAUGAUAGCGAAGAAGUGCUAACUUACGAAGAAGUAGCUCUUUAUUACCCUCGCGCAAGUCAUAAAAGGCCAAUAGUACUUAUAGGACCGCCAAAUAUUGGACGCCAUGAACUAAGGCAACGUCUUAUGCAAGACAGCGAACGUUUUGCUGCUGCUAUACCCCAUACAAGUAGACCACGGAAAGGUUCAGAAGUUGAUGGUCAAGAUUAUCAUUUCAUAACACGCCAACAAUUUGAAACAGAUAUUGUCGGCCGUAAAUUUGUCGAACAUGGAGAGUAUGAAAAAGCAUACUAUGGUACAUCUAUUGAAGCAAUACGUAGUGUUGUUAAUUCUGGUAAAAUAUGUGUAUUAAAUCUACAUCCACAAAGUUUAAAAAUAUUACGUAAUUCGGAUUUAAAACCGUACGUAGUGUUUGUCGCGCCACCUAGCUUAGAAAAAUUACGACAAAAACGCAUUAAAAAUAACGAAAAUUACAAAGAAGAUGAACUUAAAGAUAUUAUUGAAAAGGCACGCGAUAUGGAAGACAAAUAUGGACAUUUAUUUGAUAUGAUUAUUAUUAACAAUGAUACCGAUCGUGCUUACAAUCAAUUAUUAACCGAAAUAAAUUCAUUGGAAAGAGAACCUCAGUGGGUACCGGCUACUUGGGUUCAGUGAUACACGAUUGAUAUUAAUUAUAAUAAUGUUAAAUAAUUAAUUAAUUAAUUAAGUAAUUCAUUAUUAUUUUAAUUAAUCACAAAUAUUAUAUUAUUAACAAUAGUAUUUCUUAUUAACUUUUUAUUUUAUUGAUAGUUGCUGCUUAAUGCCAAAUUUUUUUAGAAACAAAAAAUAAUUAGCGAUCAUUUUAUUAAGAGAUGAAAAUUUGGAAAAAUUUUUUUAAUUAUUACAACAAAUUUUAUUUUUUUUCAAUGGCAUUUUUACUUAAUUAAAUUUUAUUGUUUUUUUAUAAGGAAGUAUUAAAAAAAAUAAAGAUAAUUUCUAUUAAUUAGAAAUGUAAUUUUAUGGAUUAAGUAGUCAUUAAUUUAAAAAAAAAAUUUCUUAAAUUUGAAGUAUCAAAAACAUAAAAUGAAGAAUUCUAAAUUUAAAAAUUUUAAAAACAGAUAUUUAAUAUUUCAAAUAAUUUUUUACAAUAAAAUAAAUCCAAAAGAAAUUAUCAAAAUAAAACCAUAUAUAAAUAUAAAUUUUUAAAAAAUAUAUAUAUAUAUAUAUAUAGAUAGAUAAUAUAUAUUAUUUGAAAAUUUUUUAUUUCUGUUAACAAUUUUUUAUUAAAAACAAUAAAUAAGGGAAUGGGGACAAAAUGGGUACCCAAGGUAAAAUGGGCCUUAAAGAUGAAUUGGGUCCCUGUCGUAAACUAGAUAUCUGAGGUAAAUUAGGCCUCGAAGUUAAAUGGGUCAAAGGUAAAAUGGGACUUCGGGGCAAAAUGGACUCUAGAGGUAAAUUGGGCCCUAUAAAUUCGAAAAAAAAUUUUUAUUUUAAUAAUUUAAUUAAAAUUUUCAAAAAACUUAAGUCUAGAAUUAGUUAAAUUAUUUUUUAACAAAAAAUAAUAUUUAACAUAACAGACCUAAUUUCGAGACUUUAUUAUUUUAAUUAACUUCCGGUAACAUCUUUAAAGUUCUUUACAUACAAAUAUGACAUUUCGGAAAUUUGCUAAU